CAGCAGUUGGUCUGAACUAUCUUGUGCUCCUAGAUCAGUCGACUCUUGGCAUAGCAACUAGUUCCAUCUCGUAGUCGACUCAGUUCUGUGUUAUUAUUAUUAUUGUUUGAAGCGCUGUUAUUUUGAACAAAACUACUGGAGUUGAAACAUAUUGUUACGAGACAUUUCUUAUGAUAUCCAGUUUUGGAACUUCAUACAAAACUAUUUUACUGAUAUGUGAUUGUUGAUUUUUAUCUAGAAAACGAAUUUUCUCAAUAUCCAUAUUGAUUUUUUUAAUCUGGAAAUUUGUAGUUUGGUUUCAACGACAUACAUACUACUAUAAAAAUGAUAAACAACUACCUGAAACUGAUAAUCUUCACGAUAUUGUUAUCAACUGGAAAUGGAGCAAACAUCCUUGGUAUUUUUCCCACGGCUUCUUUCAGUCAUCAGCAGCCUCUGCUUGCAAUCAGCAGAGCAUUGGCUGCAAAGGGUCACAAGUUGACUGUUAUUACAACUAAUCCAAGUAAAUCUCCAAUCAAAAACCACAGAGAUGUCGAUAUAAGUUUCAUGUACGAUAUAUUCAGGAACAUGAGUAAAAACAUUGAGAUGGAUUUUCAAACCAGGAUUAGUGCAAUACAAAUUGUGCAAAAUUUACCAAACUUCUUCGAAUAUUUGUUCAUAUCGACCAUGAGCUCUCCAGAGAUGCAGGCUUUCAUCAAGGAAAUAAACGGCACAACCUACGACUUAAUCCUAUUUGAAUCGCUCAACUACUCCGGCUAUUUAGGCUUCAGCGAGCUAGUCGGCAAUCCUCCAAUCAUCGGCAUCAUCACCACCCACCCAUCCUCUACAGGGGACGCCAUGACAGGCAACCCUUCCCUCCCAUCCUACAUCCCCUCUCUCAUUCUCCCCCACGAGCACAGAAUGUCGUUCACGGAGCGCAUGGCGAAUUUCCUUAUGCACUGCUACAUGGAGUACACAAGGAUCCGAUACUUGGAUCCGCUGAAUGAGAGGCUGUUAACGAGGUAUUUCGGGGCGGUGAAGCACACCGCCUAUGAGCUGGAGAGGAAUGUCAGUUUGGUGAUUGCUAGCGCGGAUUUGGCCACCGGUUACCCCAGGCCUGUCAAUCCUAAUACGGUUUUUGUGGGGCCGCUGCACAUACAGCAACAGAUUCCAACUUUGCCGCAGGAAAUACAGAAGUGGAUGGACGAGUCUGAGGAUGGAGUGGUCUAUUUCAGCCUGGGCAGUAACAUGAAGGGAACUUCGGUGCCGGCUGAGAAGAGGGCCGCAUUUAUUAAGGCUUUCUCGCAAUUUCCCACAUUCCGGGUGCUCUGGAAAUGGGAGAGCGACGAAAAACUUCCCGGGCAGCCCGACAAUGUGUUGACGAGAAAAUGGCUGCCGCAACAGUCUGUGUUAGCGCACCCAAAAACGCGUCUAUUCAUCAGCCAAUGUGGUCUACAAAGUUUGCAAGAAGCGACCACUUUUGGAGUGCCCAUGAUGGCCAUACCAAUGUUCGGAGACCAGGACUACAAUGCUAUGAAAGUGGCCGAAGCCAAGGCUGGCAUUGUCGUCGAGUUUGCCGAUAUUAAUUACCAAGUUGUCUAUGAGACCCUCAACAAGCUGCUCAAACAUUCAAGUUACAAGGAAAACAUGAUGCGGCUAUCAAAGAUAACGAAUGAUAAGCCGAUGCCAGCGCUAGAAACGGCGGUCUGGUGGGUGGAAUAUGUACUAAGACACAGUGGGGCACCCCACUUGACUCCAGUCUCCCUGGAACUCUACUGGUUUCAGUACUUGUGUUUAGAUGUCAUUGCAGCGCUCCUAUUAGCUGCAGCUUUACCUCUAGCCAUAGUCUAUUAUUUGUUAAAAUUUGUAAUUUCUAAAAUGUUUCACAAAAAAGUAAAAACUAAUUGAUCAUA